AUGAAUUUGUAUAUUGGACCAUUCGAGGCUUGUAGACGACUUGUGCCUUAUACGGUGAAAGCUGGAAGAAUGAUUGACGAGUAUGUCAUCGAAUGUGAUUUUGACAAUCAAUAUCUUUGCCCGCUUAAUUUUCUUCAAUUAUAUGACAAAUGCUAUUUGAUGCCUGAAAAUGCAACAAAUUAUCAUGGAAUCAAGAAGAUGUGUGGAGAAAAUUUUAAAUUGGCGAAACUCGACAGAAUCGAUCUGAUUGGAAUUGUCGAGAGAAUAUUCAGACCAUCGGCUCCAGUUUGGAUGGAUUUCCUCACAAAUUAUACGGGAUUUUUUUCUGAAAAUAUUCACAAAUCUGAUAAUCCACAAGAUGACGAUGAAUAUUUCGAUUGGAGGGAACAAUUCGGUGGCACAUUCGGCCAUAUCAAACCAAUUGAUAUCAAUGACAAAAACAUUCUUUUUAUUUGCGAAAAACCAUACAAAGACUCAUAUUCUUCAAUUCAUGGAGAUGUUGGAAGAUAUUCCGAGAUAUUCUUUGAAGAAUAUGCACUACCGAAUAAUCAAGUCUAUCCGACGUUUGGAAAAUAUGGAAGUUCAUCCAAUCCGAGAGAAAAGAGCACGGAUGAUGAAGACAGAAUAUGCAGGAAAUUGAUGGAUUCAUUUUCUGACUUCGGGCACCAUCGAUUCAUCAGAUUCAACGAGGAUCAUUCGUUGAAACUCUCAAUUUCUUCCGGUUAUUUCUCGCAAACCAAAUAUGUUCAUACCGGAAUCAAAGAGUCCAAUUCAACACGUUCGUGUGAAGAAUUCGAGAACGAAAAGAUCUGUGAUGCGAGAAGGAAUGUGACGGCAUCGAAGAUAAUGAUAACGGGUGAAGGUAAUUGGCAAUUAACAUCGGCUCCUUUCGGUCAACGAUCUCCAAUGUAUUGUCAUUCGCGCUAUUACAGUUUCGAUGAAAAUGGCUAUUGUCGUAGUGAUUUCACUCCAUUUGUCAAAGGAAAUUAUAUGAGAUCGAUCGCCAAAGACGGCUGGAACUACUACUAUCUCGGUGUCGAUUUGCAAAGUAAUAACAUGUUUUAUCGCGAUUCAUCGACUCGUCCCCAACCAGUAUUCGAAUUCUAUCGGUCAUUGUGGGAUAAAACCUAUUUACCUGGUAAACCAGGAAUGCACAUCGUCCUCACAAAAAACAAACUUCUCCAGAAAAUCGAGUAA